UGUCUGGGGAAAGGCAGACUGCAGGAGUUGCGGACUGCGAAGUUGUGGGCCGCUUCCCUAGAGAGCAUGUUGCUUCAGUCCUUCCCAGGCUUACGCGUCGGGAUGGCCAGCCAUUUUUCCUCUGCCUCGUUUCGGGACGCUGAAUUUCUCGGAGCCUCACUGCCAGUUAGCCUUUCCUGGAUUUUCUUCUGAGUAGACCGAUUUCUACACGCUUUCUGUAAGCGUGAGGAUUACAGCAGUCGUAACCACAGAUUACUUGGAAGAGGAACAGAAUGGCAGGAAUCGACUCAUGGCCGUGGGAGAGUCCGUCCACUAAUCUUGCAGAGGUUGUUCGCUGCCUUCGUCCCCUCCCAAGCGACAAGGAACGCCAAAGGACGGUCGUGGGGAAGGUCGCGACGGCUCUCAGAGAGAGCCAGGAGCUGAAGGAGAGCCUAGGGCUGGCAGAAGUCAUUUCCGCUGGCUCUCAUGGUCGGGGAACUGACAUAAGGAACAACCUCGAGGUUGACCUGGUGGUCAUUUGCAACAAAUUCUCUGUUGACUCGUAUGAUCACAUGCUGGAGAAUCUUGCCGCGUUCAGUCAAGAGAACCUGGAAACGGAGUACGUUUAUGUGGGAAAGCUGCGGAUCAUGCUGAAGAUUGACGGGAUCAUUGUUGAUCUACUUAUUGGCGGCAUCAUGGACAAAGAAAGGCUGGUGCGAAUGCAUUUCAUGGCCCCAAGGAAUCGGAAGAAAUGGGGCGCGUCUUGCUCCAAGCUUCAGCUGGAGUUUAUGCGGAAGAAGAUCGGCUCUACAAGUGUUCUUAGAGAUGGGAUCAUUCUGGUCAAGUACUGGAAGCAGGCUAGGAAAGCAGCCACGGAUAACUUCAAGUGGCCAAGCUCUUGGCUGCUUGAACUUCUAGUCACCUAUGCCAUGGAUCGGUCAUGGUCAGAUGACCCGUUUUGUAGCUCCUUUGAGAUGUCUGUUCCGGAACCAUUGAAUGGUAUAGGACUAUUUCUUUCCACCAUGCAGCUGAUCUGUCUUGUGCAGUGCCGGCAAGUUCAGGUCGUUUGGACAGGGGGCAAUUAUGGAGGUAAGCAUGCAUGGCAGAUGAAGCUGUUCCCAUCUACUCUUUUACUCUAACCCACCUUACGCUCUGUGCAGAAAGAAAUGUCAGGCCUUUGCUGGAUUAUGCGGAAAGACAGGAUCAACCUGUGGUAGCCGACCCAGUGGAUGCCACAAACAAUGUGGCUGCCAUUCUUUCCGUUGCAGACUGGAGUGGGCUUGUUCAAGAAGCCCAGGCCAUGAUUCAACAUGUGGUAUCACAGGAGCCUCUCUAUAGUGAAUUGACAGCUUCAGGAGGAGUGCGCGCACCAGAGGUGGACCAGCUGAAUCCUUGCGUAGUUUUGAACGAACUCUUCCAGAAGGCAGGCAUGAAAGGCCCCAUAUACCGGUAUGACAAAGAAAGUCGGCCAGCUAUUCUUCCACCGUUCAUUUCAACUGUGGAAGGGCAGCUUGCAUGUCAGUGCGUUAUUGAGGCUUGCAGUGACGAGAAGUUGACAAAAAAAUCUGCAAAACGUUCGGCUGCCGAGAAGGCAAUUGCAAUUAUUAAUCAACAUAAAUGCCGCUUGUGUUUGUGAUGCAUCUUUAAUUAGUCAUUCCACUCCAAAACUUGCGGCAUUGUGUUGUGUCUUUGGGUA